GCAGCAGUGCCGGGGCGAGGGGGAAAGGAGGAAGCGUAGAGUAAUCAGAGGAAACGGGAAGAACGAGAAGCCAGCACGGAAGAGGCUGUCAAUGUGGUUUUGGGCUGUCGAGCAGGAUCGUAGUCUGUGCUCGUAAUUUUGAGAGAUCUGUUCGGUUCCGGACAGAAGGCGAGGCGAGUGAGGGAGCGAUAUGAAGUUUGUGGACGAGAAACAGGUCGGAAAGGCUGUGGAUUCGCUGUUGACAUGGGUCAAAUCGCAGAAUGGGCGCGACAAGGCUCGGUUGUUGGAGGACGACCAGCUCCUGUACGUGGUGGUGACUCUGGAUAAAGUUCCGGACCAGGCCAAUAUUACUCGUCACAGGAUUCCUCUUCCACAUUCCCUUCAUCCUUUAGAUGGCGCACAGGAGAUCUGUCUGUUCGUCAAAGAUGGUCGUCUUGGGGGAUUAUCGAAGACAGAGGUGAAAGCAAAGCUCCUUGCUGAAGGUCUGUCCAAUGUGACGAAGGUGAUCGACGCCGAGAAGCUGUCGAAAAACUAUAACACUCACGAGGGCAGGAGGAAGCUUUGUGGCUCGUACGAUCUGUUUCUCUGCGAUGAUCGAAUUUUUGCAAAAAUGCCCAAGUAUCUCGGGAAGAUAUUCUGGAAGAAAAAGAAAUGGCCUCUCUCAGUGAAAUUAACGAGGAAGGAGUGGAAGGGGCAAAUUACCGCCGCUUGCAAUUCUUCGGAGUUCGAAUUAGGGAGAGGCUCGUGUAGCGUAGUUAAAGCAGCUAGGGUUUCUCAGUCUAAGGACGAAAUUAUGUCCAACUUGAAGGCGAUCAUUGAGGGAGUCGCUGCACAUACACCGAGGAAGUGGGGUGGCAUCCAGGCACUAUAUCUGAAAUCUGUUGACUCUGUAGCUCUUCCAAUAUAUCAGGCUAUUCCUGAACAACCAUUGAAAUUGGACGGAUUUUAGCCAACACGAAUUCUCGAUACGCAUGCGUAUGUGUUCAUUUGAGCGUUGAUAGAUUUAGGGUGGUCAAGUCUGUUUAGGUUCAGGACUUCGGCCCACGGCAGGCAAUUUUGACCUCGGUUGAUGUGAAUACAGCGAAGUAGUCGUUGUCUUGCGUGGAUGUCUUGCGGCUGUUCAUGCCUGGACUCUCACGAGACGCUUUCUUUUGUGG